AUGCCCCCUCCGACCACGCAACCCCGUGGCAAGAAAGCCAAGGCUCCUGCCUCCUCCUCCUCCUCAAAUGCCUUUAUUACGCCAGCCGCCAACUCGGCCAGCGCUCGUAUCACGCAAGCUACGCCAGCCAUGGAUCCCCGCUUGCCAACCACACCCUUUCUGCGUUCAGCUCGCAAGGGUGAAUGUCUGGUGUCGGAGAAUGGCUCACCCGUCAUGCUGGAUUCAGACGGCGUGCAUGUGCGGGCCUCUUCCUCGCGCGGAACACGUGAUACCAUUAUUACGGUGCCUCUGGACAACGGCAAAGCCAUUGAACUCAGCGCGGAUGCACUGCAAAACGCGGACGGCCCCUCCAAGAUGCUCUCCAAGAAACAAAAAGCAGCGGCCAAAAGCUAUCUGACUUCGCUCCAGGAACAAGUCGGGGCCUUGCUCCAACAACUCAUGUAACCUCUCUUGGGUCCGACCCAACCUGUUUGUGCUCGUAUCCCUGUAUUUUGUGGUCAUCUUUAGCUCUGGCUCGGCCACGGCGCACACAUGUGGCCGCCACCCCGAGCCGAUUUACCCCCCUCACCUGCUCGAGGACAGAAAGAACCUUUUUCUUUGCGUGUGUGUGUGUGUUUUUUUAUGAUUGACAUGUGUCUUCGCCAUCUUUUUCAUGCCCGUGUUGCUCGAUCG